ACUUAUUUCAUUCUUCUCAGUGAGCUUAUAAUUGAGGAAAAAGUUUUUGGCAGAAGGGAAAGGGAGGGGAACCUGGAAGAACUCCCUGCUCUGAAAGAAUGCAAGGGAGGCUGGGGCCAUGUCACUGAGGAGCCCUGGGCAUCCAUCCAUCCACAGGGGUGAACCAAUGUGUUCUCGACCCGAGCCAGAAACCAACUCUCCCUUUCUCUUCAUCUCCCACCUCCCUGCUCCUGGGAAGUCCUUCUAACCUCCUGGACCUAACCUCGAUCCUCCUGUUCCUGUGCCCAUUGUCUCAGCUUGCAGGCAGAUCCAAGCCACUUGGACGCUCCUUCUCCCCGCUGGGCACGAAGCCUGACGCCUGCCCUUCAGCCCUCGGUGGGCUCCCAGGAAGCCUGCAGCCUGUAACCGGACAGUUUGCUCCCAGCAGGUACCCCUGAGCUGCACUCCGCACACUGUUCCUGGAUCUCCUCUCUGAAACCUGGGCAGAGUGUGUUCCCACCCAGUCCGGUGACCUUUGCCUGUCUGAACCCUGGUUAAUUUUUGCCCAGUCUGCAGGCUGUGGGGCUCUUCCUCUUCAGGGAUAUAAGCCUGGACCGAGGCUGCCCUGUUCUCCACCUGUCCUGAGCCUCCCCAAGCUCCCUCUGCACCCUCACCAUGGCCAAAGGAUUCUACAUAUCCAAGGCCCUGGGCAUCCUGGGCAUCCUCCUGGGCAUGGCGGCCAUAGCCACCAUCAUCGCUCUGUCUGUGGUGUAUGCCCAGGAGAAGAACAAGAAUGCCGAGUGCGCCACCGUGGCCCUUACGAGCCCCGCGACCACCCUGACCACCACCAUCACCGCGGCCACCACCACCACCGCGACCACCACCACCAUCACCGCGGCCACCACCACCACCGCGACCACCACCAACAUCACCGCGGCCACCACCAUCACCGCGGCCACCACCUUGGACCAGAGCAAGCCAUGGAACCGAUACCGCCUACCCAUGACACUGUUGCCCGACUCCUACAAGGUGACACUGAAGCCCUACCUCACUCCCAAUGAGAAUGGCCUGUAUAUCUUCAAGGGCACAAGCAUCGUCCGCUUCAUCUGCAAGAACUCCACUGACGUCAUCAUCAUCCAUAGCAAGAAGCUCAACUACACCACAACCCAGGGGCACAUGGUGGCCCUGCGGGGCGUAGGGGCCUUCCAGGUCCCCGACAUCGACAGGACUGAGCUGGUAGAGCCCACGGAGUAUCUGGUGGUGCACCUCAAGGGCUUUCUGGAGGCAGGCAGAAUGUACGAGAUGGAGAGUGAAUUUCAGGGGGAGCUGGCCGACGACCUGGCAGGCUUCUACCGCAGCGAGUACAUGGAAGGCAACGUCAAAAAGGUGCUGGCCACGACACAGAUGCAGUCUACAGAUGCCCGGAAAUCCUUCCCGUGCUUUGACGAGCCGGCCAUGAAGGCCACAUUUAACAUCACCCUCAUCUACCCCAAGGGACUCACGGCCCUGUCCAACAUGCCGCCCAAAGGUCCCAGUGUCCUGCUUGAAGAAGACCCCAACUGGAGCGUCACUGAGUUCGAAACCACGCCUGUAAUGUCCACAUACCUUCUGGCCUACAUCGUGAGCGAGUUCACGAGCGUGGAGGCAAAGGCACCCAACAACGUCCAGGUCCGGAUCUGGGCUCGGCCUAAUGCAACUGCAGAGGGCCAUGGCAUUUAUGCCCUGAACGUGACAGGUCCCAUCCUAAACUUCUUUGCCAGUCAUUUUGAGACACUCUACCCACUCCCAAAAUCUGACCAGGUUGCCUUGCCCGACUUCAACGCCGGUGCCAUGGAGAACUGGGGGCUGGUGACCUACCGGGAGAACUCGCUGCUGUUUGACCCACAGGCCUCCUCCAGCAGCAACAAAGAGCGGGUUGUCACUGUGAUUGCUCACGAGCUGGCCCACCAGUGGUUUGGGAACUUGGUGACCCUGGCCUGGUGGAAUGAUCUUUGGCUGAACGAGGGCUUUGCCUCCUACGUGGAGUACCUGGGUGCUGACUAUGCCGAGCCCACCUGGAGUCUGAAAGACCUCAUGGUGCCGAACGAUUUGUACCCUGUGAUGGCUGUGGACGCGCUGGCCUCCUCCCACCCCCUGACCACCCCUGCCGAGGAGGUCAACACACCUGCCCAGAUCAGCGAGAUGUUUGACUCCAUCUCCUACAGCAAGGGAGCCUCGGUCAUCAGGAUGCUUUCUGAGUUCCUGACUGAGGACCUGUUCAGGAAGGGCCUGGCGUCCUACUUGCAUGCCUUUGCCUACCAGAACACCACCUACCUGGACCUGUGGGAACACCUGCAGAUGGCUGUAAACAAUCAGUCGACCAUCGUGCUUCCAGGCACCGUGCGUGCCAUCAUGGACCGCUGGACCCUGCAGAUGGGCUUCCCUGUCAUCACCGUGGACACCAAGACAGGGGGCAUCUCCCAGAAGCACUUCCUCCUUGACCCCGAGUCCAACGUCACCCGCCCCUCGGUGUUCAACUACCUGUGGAUUGUUCCCAUCUCAUCUAUCAAAAAUGGCACCCUGCAGGACCACUACUGGCUGCGGGGCGAAGCAAAAAACCAGAGUGAUCUGUUCAAAACCGAAGGGAAAGAUUGGGUCCUGCUAAACGUCAAUGUGACGGGCUAUUACCAGGUGAACUACGAUGAGGACAACUGGAGGAAGAUUCAGAAUGAGCUGCAGAUAAGACCAUUGACCAUCCCUGUCAUCAAUCGGGCACAGGUCAUCUACGACAGCUUCAACCUGGCCAGUGCCCGUAUAGUCCCUGUCACCCUGGCGCUGAACAACACCCUCUUCCUGAACAACGAGAGAGAGUACAUGCCCUGGCAGGCCGCCCUGAGCAGCCUGAGGUACUUCAAGCUCAUGUUCGACCGAUCCGAGGUCUACGGCCCCAUGAAGAAUUACCUCAGGAAUCAGGUUGAACCCCUCUUCCUAUAUUUUGAAAAUAUCACCAAAAACUGGACUAAGCGCCCAGAAAGCCUGAUGGACCAGUACAAUGAGAUUAAUGCCAUCAGCACUGCCUGCUCCAAUGGGCUGCCUAAGUGUGAGGAGCUGGCCAAGAACCUUUACAACCAGUGGAUGGAGAACCCUGAAAAUAACCCGAUCCACCCCAACCUGCGGUCCACCAUCUACUGCAACGCCAUCGCCCAGGGCGACCAGAAAGAGUGGGACUUCGCCUGGAGGCAGUUAAAACAAGCCCAACUGGUUAAUGAAGGUGACAAACUCCGCUCAGCGCUGGCCUGCACCAACCAGGUCUGGCUCCUGAACAGGUACCUGAGUUACACCCUGAACCCAGACCUCAUCCGGAAGCAGGAUGCCACCUCCACCAUUAACAGCAUUGCCAGCAACGUCCUGGGGCAAUCUCUGGCCUGGGACUUUGUCCAGAGCAACUGGAAGAAACUCUUUCAGGAUUAUGGCGGUGGUUCCUUCUCCUUCUCCAACCUCAUCCAGGCUGUGACCCGAAGAUUCUCCACUGAGUUCGAGCUGCAGCAGCUGGAGCAGUUCAAGAAGAAGAACAUGGAUGUAGGCUUCGGCUCAGGCACCCGGGCUCUGGAGCAAGCCCUGGAGAAGACCAAAGCCAACAUCAAUCCUGGACUUCAACCACCUGUUUCAACUUGGCUCAUGCUGUUUCUUCUGCCUACUCCUCUUGGCAAACUCCACACAUCCUUCAAUACUCAGUUCCAACAUCCUGCAACUCUCCCCUCUCCGAGUCAGAAACAAAAUGAAGUCACCACCACUGCGGCUCCCAAGCCUACAGCAGCCUUUGCUAAUGGAUCAUGGUGCCCUUUCCCCAAGAUCCUGGAGGUGCCUCUUAGUCUUGCUCAAGGCCACAUAAAUCAAUGCAGCAGGACUAAUGGAUCAGGUAACUCAAAAAUGCAACAGCACUGUCAACCCCAUCUCCCACCAGGCUGGCAUAUCCUCUCUGGUCCCAAAGUACCUUGUAUAAACCCCCAUCUUGACCUGGGCUCUGAUCAUUUCCUUCCCUGUAAUUUACCCCAUCAGUCAGGGCAUGUUUUCUCCGGCACCUAGUACUGGGUAUUGUGAGCUGAACUGUGUUCCCCCAAAACUCUUGGUAAAGUUCUAACCCCCAGUAUCUCAGAAUGUGAAUGUAUUUGGAGAUAGAGCCUGUAAAGAGGUACUUAGGGUAAAAUGACUUCAUG